UCGAAGCUGAAAUUUUCAUACGGUCCUCGCGGUCGCUCGCAGUUGCAGAGGACAGAGAGGCGCGAAGGAGGAGGAAGAGGAAGAAGGAGAUGGCGAGCGAGGAAGAGAGCGCGGUGAAGGAGCCUUUGGAUCUGAUCAGGCUCAGCCUCGACGAGCGUAUCUACGUCAAGCUCCGCUCCGACCGCGAGCUCCGAGGCAAGCUCCAUGCAUAUGAUCAGCAUUUGAACAUGAUACUCGGGGAUGUUGAGGAAGUCGUUACUACUGUAGAAAUUGAUGAUGAAACUUAUGAAGAGAUUGUACGGACCACAAAACGCACAGUUCCAUUUCUCUUUGUUAGAGGGGAUGGUGUCAUUUUGGUAUCUCCUCCUCUAAGGACGGCAUGAUUCUGAAGGGAAAAGCUCGGCCACCUUUUAAGCGGCAACCCAACUGUGAUGGAUCAUCUUUAUGUUUCUGUAUUGUAGUCCUUAGCUGGCUUUCCUGGUCAUUGUUUUAGUUUUGAACCGAUCGUGCUAUGGUGGAAGCGGCGGUCAAUAUAAUGACAUGAUUUGAUACUUAAUUUGAUGUGCUGUCUAAUGAUUGAUGAUAGUUUUU